GGACAUUAUUUAUUAAAGAGGGGUUCGUUCCAUGGGAAAUUGAUUUCAUCUGAUUGGGCCGGGUCGGUCUUCUCUCUUUCCUCUCUCUCUCUCUCUCUCUGCGCCUUGGCUUGUCUGUAAGACAAAUUCGUGGAUCCAUCUCAUCCUCCAUUCUGUCUCUCUAUCUUUCGAGAACUCCAUAGCUGGAAGGAAUACGUCUCCCUCCCCUCCCUCUCUCUGUGUGUUCUUUCCGUUUGUGCUGCGACGCCGAUGUGUUCGAUCCGGAUUUUAGGUUUGUUUUUCUGUCUCUACGCAAUGUUCCCUAUUUCAUCAAACUAGGGUAGAUCUAUCUCCCAGAUCUACUUUCUCUCUCUCUGAGCAUAUACAUAUAUAUAUAUAUAAAUACACGCAUGUGUAUGGUUGAGAUGUCUUCGGCGUCGGGGAUGGAUCACUUCGAUCGGCUGCCGGAUUCCUUGCUGCUGUUGAUCUUCAACAGGAUCGGUGACGUCAAGGCCCUGGGCCGAUGCGGCGUCGUUUCGAGGCGAUUCCACUCCUUGCUCCCGCAGGUCGAAAACGUCGUCGUCCGCGUCGACUGUGUCAUCUCCGACGAUGACGUUUCCUCCUCGGCCUCCGGCUCCGCCGAUAAGUCCCGCGGUGCGUUCACCAGCCUCUGCCGCCUCUUCUUUGGCGGGAUCGUGAAGCCGCUGCAAGCCCUAGGCCAAUUCUUCGGCCCCAAGAAGUCUAAUUCGAGCUCGGGUUCGUCGUCGUUGGCCGUCGGCGGUGGGGUUUCGGGGGAGGACGAUGACCUUGAUCAGAAUGGAGUGACUCAUCAUUCGCCUACUCAGGUACUGAAGAAUUUCAAAGAGGUUCGGUUUCUCCGAAUCGAGCUUCCUAGUGGGGAAUUGGGUAUUGAAGAUGGUGUUUUAUUGAAAUGGAGGGCCGAUUUUGGAUCGACCCUUGAUAAUUGUGUAAUUCUCGGGGCUUCCUCUGUGAUUUACCAUUUCCCAGCUAAGAAUUUGCACUCACAAGACAAUAAUUCUGAUGAGUUUAUUGUUAAUGCGGGUGGGAAUGGCAAUGGCGAUGAUAACGGUAGUAUUCCUGAGUCGUUUUACACCAACGGGGGCUUGAAAUUGCGAGUUGUGUGGACAAUAAGUUCGUUAAUCGCUGCUUCAGCAAGGCAUUACUUGCUUCAGCCAAUAAUUGCUGAGCAUAAGACCUUGGAUAGCUUGGUUCUGACUGAUGCAGACGGGCAGGGAGUGCUUUGUAUGAAUAAGGACCAGUUGGAGGAGUUGAGGGUGAAACCUUUAUCAGCUUCCUCCGCUUCAAAGAGGACCCUUGUGCCGGCUCUGAAUAUGAGGUUGUGGUAUGCACCUCAUUUGGAAUUGCCUGAUGGCACUGUGCUCAAGGGGGCAACAUUGGUUGCAAUUCGACCCAGUGAGCAAUCAGCUGUCAAGAAGGAGGUGUCAGACGGGUCUUGGGUUUCAGCUGCCUUUGAGGAGCCAUAUGGUACUGCUGCCAAAAUGCUGGUGAAAAGGAGAACUUAUUGUCUUGAGAUGAACUCCUUCUGAGAGCAAUAUGUACUUCUGAGGAAAAAGUGCAGGUUAUGAGGGAAAGCAGUGUUUGCUUAUGGUGGAAGUCAGGGAAUACACAAUUUUUCUUCCAUGUGGCCCAAAGGAAGUGGUUAUCUUGCAAUGCCCUAUCAUGUUUAAUACUAGUGACUGAAAUGCUGGUCCUUGGUUGGUAGUGAACUCUGCAGAAUUUGUACUUAUUAGUGAUCGAGCCAACAGAUGGAAUGCAUCUGCUGUUUGUACCUUUGCUUUGGGAAAAUGCUUUAAGAGCACUCGAGAUGCAAUUAGAUUGACAUUUGAAGAGUUUUGAGGUCAUAGUCUUUUGGAUUUCUUAAUCAUCUCAUUUUAUGUGAAUAUUUAGGUGCAAAUAUUCCUACGUUAGUUCUGUACUUUGUGUUUAGGUUUCAAUGUUAAGUGGCUAGUUAACUGGUUGUAGCUA